GUCAAGUCAAUUGUUUGCUCCAGCUCAGGAGGCGGUGUCUGGGCUUUACUCUUUUAAGGUUGUCGGCCCACCUUUUCUUUUCUUCACCAGUCAUCUGCUAAUCCCAAGCCGGGUAUCCACUUUCAUCAUCAUUUCGCCGCAGUCCAAGGGGGCCGCCAGUACUAAAAGAACAUUAACAACAAGCAAACCGCAUCAGCAAAAAACAAGUUCAGCACUAUGGCCAUCUGGGGAACGUCAUCGCUUCCAAGCAACGAGGAUGUUAUGGACGAUUCCAAUCCUCUGAGCUGCUUCCAGCUCGACAGAACACAGCGUCUUUACGGCUUCGGGAUCUGUUUUAUUGUUGGUUUCCUCAUCUCGAUUCUGUCAACGCUGGCACUCGGUACCGGACAACUCGCGCUUUUUGCAGUCUUUUUUACACUCGGAAACAUUAUCUCGUUGCUUAGCACGACCUUCCUAAUCGGACCCGGCAAGCAGCUCAGGACUAUGUUCGCCCCCGUCCGCAUGGUGGCAUCCAUUGUUUUCUUGUCACUGAUCGUCAUUACUCUCAUCGUCGCAUUUACUCUCAAAUCGGGUCUUCUCUGCUUAAUUCUGUGCGUCAUCCAAUUCUUGGCUCUGUUUUGGUACAGUGCCUCAUACAUCCCCUAUGGCCGUACAGCGAUCAGGAAGGUCGUCGGAAGCUGCAUUGAUGUGUAAAGUUCAGGAUGAAAGCGAAGGAGGGGAAAAAAUCAGCAUCACAUAUAUCUAUGUAUCUAUGUAUCCGGACAUAAUUCGUAGUCCUAAGAUGAAUAAUAAAAAUUAAAUUUUCCCUGUGCUAAUUCAACCAC